AUGAGCUCGUUAAUAGGCAGAGUCAUGGGGCAUCGUCGCCUUCGUACUCAAUGCGGUAUCUGCGGCAAAGCAUUGUCGGCUGGUGUGAGCUUUGUGACUUUACUAGGUGACGGCCUUGAACCAGAAUCGGGAAUUUGUCUGGACCGUGCGCUGUUCCCUCCCGACUCUCGGUGCAUCAUAAAUGGCGAUAAAUUCAUUUGCUGGUCACCAAGCUGCCGUCAAUGCCCAAAUGCUGCUGAAGCAGUGGGAUUACAUUCUACAUGCCUGAAUAUGUUUCAAGAACACUGCAAAACCGACAAGGCGGUCGACAGAUUAUGGAUAACAAUUGGCAAGAGGAACCUCUGGCAACGCGCUCCCAUGCUUCAUCUGGAUCGCGAAACAGCACUUGACAUCGAAAUUGUCCGCGAGAAAGCAGAAGCUUAUGGUAUGCGAUCAUUGAAGCUUCUACCAGUAGAGCUCAUCCAUAUGGUACAAGAAUACAGCGAUUCGGCGACGUUCUGGCGCUACAUCCACGUUCUCAGCACAGCCCGGGAAUUGUCCCGCUUAAAGCCCGAUACCGCUCCGCCUGCUACCUCGAUACCUUUGUGUAAUAUCCUAUCUUGGACACGAGGAGAUUAUGCUGCUGUGUUAUCAAGCAACUGUCCGCCAGUAGUACGCUUGACUCUGGAUCACAGGGGGAUACGUAAGAUAGAACGGUUGUCGAAAUCACCAUACAAACCUGGACGUUCGGACAAGGAGGCUUUUGUUAUUGCACCUGCGACAUGCCUCCAGGAUGUUGUGGCCGUACUGGAGUUCCAAAUGUUGCGGCUUGAGCUACCUGCAUCUCUGUUGGGGCUUCACAUCUGGGAUACCCCCAAUCCCCCUGGUAUUGAGGACUGCGACUUUUACGGCCGUGUGACACCAUCCAUGCAAUUCAAGACCACCAACUUACGCAGUGUAACCGGCCUCACACCUUAUGCAACGAAAACAUUUGGUCGCCUUCCAGCAAAAAGACAGGAAAGUAUCGUAUGGAUAUACCUUCCGGUGCCGAGAGAUGAAGAAAUCACCGCAAUCACGAUGCGGUUGAAGGUUGACGGAGGAGCGGCCAUAGCGCAAAAGCCCUUUUUCAUGAUUCGUACAAAGCUAGCCGGGGAUGUGUAUGUUGGCCCAUGCCAUCUGAGGCAGCACAGAGAUAUCGUUCUCGGCCAGUCAAGUCCGGAACUGCUCAUUCACAAUGUUGCAGAUGUCGGACCAGCUACUGUAUUCGGGACAUAUCCGCGGAGGCAGCACCAUGAUAGCCUACCGCCGUUCAGCAACCGCUGGCCGAAUAUGGCUCCUCGGCUUCCUUUAACGUUCGAGCGUAUGUAUCUUUCCGUGGCGUCAUUAAAAGACGUGACUGGGAUUCAGGUUCUCGAAGAUGGGAACUUUGAAUGCAAGGGUAUGAUAUUCGACUACGGGAAUGGUGCCCAGAGAGCCUUGGGCGACUGUAAAUUUGGCCACUAUCGUGUCAAAACGUAUCUGAGGCCACGGCGUUUGUGCUACUGUCAUGUCCAACCUACACCGGCGAUAGCGCGGGGCGUUCACAUCGAGAUCGGAAGUGAGUCGGACCAUGCACACAGCGGCGAUGACUGGAAGUGCUCGAAGAUGGAAGGGAAUAUCGAGUUUUGGUUCUCCAAGGAACAUUCGGUCAUCGUCUGCCACUCCGUUGAGAACACAGCAUCGCCAUGA